AUGCCCCAGACUAUAAGAAAUAUUGAAGACAAGUUCCACGUCACACAGGGUACGCCCAAAGAGGUGGACACAACGCACGAGAACGGCAUGCGGAUUACGCUUCAUAUCUGCCCCGAAUGCGGCACGAUGAUUUACAAGGAGGGCGACUCGGAUGACUUGAAGGGAAUGGCUAUCGUGCAAGCGGGCACACUCGACGAGGGAUUACAGGGAGCAGGCCCGGAUGCCGAGUUGUGGAUUAAGCAUCGGCCGGAGUGGUUGGGGGAGCUGAAGGGAGUUGGGCAGGCUAUGGAGUUCCAGUGA